AUGUCAUUCGUGAAGCUAUCAAAAUGCCCUUCGAACCCCGAGACGCCUUCCUUUCACCAUGUUCGCCCCAGGUUCCCCCACAAUCACACUCAUGAUCGAAACCGUGAAGGCUCCGACAGACAUCCCUCACUUUCUCUGAUGACAGGGAAAAUCAAGAAGGGCAGGAAGUCAGUAUUCAAAGAAUUGGACAUAGACUCCGAUCAACCUUUCCACCACUACCCGGGCGAAAGAGAGUUUGGCGAGAUCACCGGACUUCGUAUAGACAACGAGAGUGACGACGGCACCAGUUACAGGCAAUCUGGGUCCAUAAAGUCUCCAACCACACCAACAUCGCCCUCGUCUGGAAGACCUUGGUAUUCGAAGCUUACUCCGGGAAGAAGACCACGCAUCAGCUCGACUGCCAGUGCGCCACCUCCUGGCAUGUCGAGCUUUACCAGACUUACAACGCUUGCCUUGUUCAUUGCCGUGGUGAUACCGGGCUUCAGUUAUUACAACGGUCGUGAAAAGGUGUCACUUAGUGGGGCUGAUGCUGGAGUGAUACGAGAAGUGGUGCAGCCAAGCGGCCCUAUCCUUGAAACAAGAACAGAUAGCUCAACCGAUUAUUGCGCGAGAUGGGCAGGACAGAGCGCCUCGGUCAAUGGGACAUUGUACCUCUAUGGUGGUCAGUCCAAAACAUCACCAGACCAGACUACAGAUACCUGGAAUAACGACUUUUACGUCCUGGAUCUCACAAAGUCAUGGGAUACCGGUUCACCACGGCUGCGGGGACUACCCAGGCCUUCAGGGCCCCCUGCUGUGUCAUUGGGAUACCUCUGGAAUGACUACAACAAUCUUUACCUGUACGGCGGUGAAUUCGCCGAUAACCCCUAUGUCGAGCCUGCCGAGGAGUCAGUUUGGAAGUACGACAUCAAGAACCAAAAGUGGACAGAGUACAAGCAACCGAAAACUUCUGCCGGCAAGUACUCAACUCAGGGCGACCUGCUCGUCCAGAGAUCAGCUGAGGGUUCCGGGAUCUCGGUGCCUGAACUGGGACUAAGCUGGUAUUUUGGUGGCCAUCUCGACCUCGCAACAACGCCUGGAUGGUCGAAUCAGAUUUCUCGGGUUUAUUUGAAGAGCCUCCUCGAGUUUACACAUCCUGGAUAUAACAACGAGGCAGUUUACGGGUUAGAGGACAGGGGCGCAGGCGAAUGGGGCGCCUUUAGGAAUAUCACCGAAGGCGGACUCCAGACAAAUCAAGCUUUCCACGAACGCGCAGAUGGUGCAUUGGUAUACGUGCCAGGCUGGGGUGAAAAGGGUAUCCUUAUCGGCCUAGCGGGUGGUACAGCUGAGGAGUUUUCCGACAACCUCGAGGUUUUGGAUGUCUAUGACAUCGCCAGCUCGGAAUGGUACCACCAGAAGACGAGCGGAGAUGCGCCAUCAGUACGGGUUAAUCUUUGUGCCGUUAUUGCUUCAGCACAGGAUUUCUCAAGUUUUCAAAUCUAUGUGUUCGGCGGUCAGAAUCUUCAACCAGCUAAAAGUCAAACGCAAUACUCAGACAUGUACAUUCUUUCCAUCCCAUCUUUCACCUGGGUGAAAGUGUCCGACGACGACAACGAACACAAACCUUCGGCCCGCGCCGGCCACGCCUGCCACCUCCGUGACGGCCAGAUGAUCGUCGUCGGCGGCUAUACCGGCGGGAACACAUGCGACUCUCCCGGCAUCUACGUCUUCAACGCCACCUCGCUUACCUGGCAACCCUCAUUCAAAGCCCUCAAUCACGACCCCGACCUCCACCCGGAAAACUCCGUCCUGGGGAACUCUUUUGGCUACCAAGUCCCCGCGCCUGUCGCCAGCAUCAUCGGCGGCUCCGGCUCCGGCGGUGCCACAGCCACCCAACCCGCCGCCGGCUCCGCCACUGCCGGGCCCUUCGCAACCGGCAAAUCGCCGGUCUUAACCGUCACCACCACUGCAUGGGGCCCAGGAGCCACCACCACCGCCGCACCUGGAGACCCUAGCGAUCCCAACACUGAAACAACAGGCAAGGACCGCAAGGCGGGACUCAUCGCUGCAGGCGUCAUCGCCGGCCUCUUGGGUCUUCUGGCCAUCUACCUCGGCUACUGCGCCUGGUUGUACCGCCGCCAGGUACGCGCCUACAAGACCUAUCUGGCCGUGCUCAAUAGGUACUCCACCCCGCAUCAUCCGGGAGCCUCGACCGCCUCCGGUCUAGCGGCCUUUUUCGGGUUCGGCAGCGUAGGAAGAAAGACUAGCAAGCAGAGCCGCAAGUCUGCUGUUACCGACCCCCUUAACUCCAACGGAGCAGCAGCAGCAAGCAACAGACCAAUUUCCUUGCACAGCUCCAUCUCCUACUCCUCAAACAAUCACGGCUACGGCGGUAUCCCUUCGAUGGAACCCAAGAUGCUCUUCGAAGACGGUGGCGGCGGAAAUGACCCGCAAAGCCACGAAUCUGGAUACGGAAGUAGUCGCACUUCGCACACUGCUUCUCGCGGUGGCGGUAGUAACAACUUACCCCGUCCAUCCCUAGGUUCGUCAACGCACGCUCAGUACCCGCCUAUACCACCUGUACCUAAGCUAGCAGCAGGAGCAGCAAGUAGUGGUGUUGGUGGUGGUGGUGGUGUGAUUUCAUCAUUCGGAACCCCUGGUUCUUCACCGUGGACUGAAGUCUCCUUGUCCGCUGGGCUGGGCUCUGGCACGGGAACCACGCCUGCUACUUUGAGUAGUGAUCCAAGCCCCGUCCCUGGGAAGGUUAUUGAUGCUCACGAAGAAGAUCUUGCGGGUGACGGAGGGGAAUUUUACGAUGAAGGAAGGGGUAGUGUAUCCUCGACGGAAAGGCUGUUGGAGGGCGUGGAGCCGAGUUUCUUUAGUGUGGUGAUGAGACCGAGGAGGGCGUUGAGGGUGGUUAAUGGGUUGGAGGAGGAGCUGGAUGAGAAGAAUGGGGGUGGUGUGCAGAGGGGGGGAGGUCAGACAACACGGGGGUCUUGAGCUUCCUUUUUUUUUUUUUUUUCUU